CUUGAUCUGAUUCUUGCUCUCUCUAGAUACCCAUCUCUGUACAUAUCUUCUCUGGUUGACUGGCCAGCUUGGAAUGGCGCUGUCACGGCUCUGGAACGACGACAUACUUCAUGACAUACUGGGCCACCUCGCACCCUCCGGUUUUCCUGCUUCGCAAGCGGACCGACCCGGCCUCAUAGCGUUGGCAGUUUGCGCAAGGGUCAACAAACUGUUCUACGGCUCUGCUGUCGAUGUUCUGUGGCGAGAGGUAGACUCUUUAGCCGUUGUCCUGAGCGUCCUCACACCGCCGCUGCUGAGGACGGAAAGCACGCAUCAGAGAACCUUCGCUCUUGCUGGCGCCAUCCCCGAGUGCGUUUACGCACGCUUCCAGUACUACGCGAGUAGAGUCCGCAGGUUGAGUCAUCGCGCGGAGAGGGAUAGGAUACAGCCCGAGGUCCUCGUCGAACUUCAUAGGCGUGCUGAUGGCGAGCCGCUGUUCCCCAAGCUGAAAUCACUUUAUUGGUCCCAGCGAACGGCGCCGGACGUAUCAGAAAUCGUGCCCCUGAUAUCUCCCUCUCUUCGAGAACUAUGCAUCUCGGAAAUCGGUAGCCAAACUAGCCUCGUACCUCCAUCAGGCACGCAGUCCAACUUCAGCCGAUUUAUUCACUCCCUCAGUGCGGCGGCACCCUCAAUCGAGACGCUCACGCUCUCCGGGUAUAUCCACCCAUCCUUCGUGCUCUGUGUUAGCGAGCUCAAGCAGCUCAGAGCCCUCAACAUCAUCAACUUCGCGCAGCGUGGAUUUGGUGCGGGAUACCUCCCCGUCAUCCGUUCUUGCGCUGCGCUUUCGCACCUACGCGACCUGGGCAUCAACCUGACCGGAGACGGAGUGCACCAUACCAACGCGCUCGCCGUAACACAUGCGGGUAGUGCGGAUCCCACCCUCGAGGGCGACUUCACCGGGUUCAACAGCUUACGCUCGCUUCGCGUCCAUGGUUCGCUCGCGCUCGUGUCUCGCUUCAUAUCCCAUGUCGCCUCAGCCGAGCUCGCCUCCUUUGGCGUAUUCGUACCCCACCCGGACCGCUUCCAGGACUACCACGCGUGCCUCACCACGCUCUGCUCCCGCUUCGCAGAAUCCCUCCGCGUCGUGCGCUUCUCCGGCACUUGGACGGGCACGCUGGCGUCGCUCCCGCGCCCCAUGGACAUCCUCGCCCCGCUCCUACUCCUCCCCCAGCUCGAAGAGGUUUGCAUCCUCUCGGGCACGGGCGUCGCCUCCACACUCACCGCAGCGGACACGCUCGCCAUCGCCCAGGCGUGGCCCCGCCUGCGCGAGCUCAAGCUGCUGUACCAGUCUGUGCCCGCGGCGCUCCCCAUCGACGCCCUGGGCGCAUUCGCGGUGCACUGUCCUCGCCUGCGGGCACUCUGGAUCGCCUCGGUGGACCUGCGGGGCGUGGGCUCGCGCGACCUGGGGGCCUGCCAGGCGUCGAACCAUGGACUGAAGCAUAUAUGGCUUCCGGGGGACGUGGCGUCGGCGGAUGUGAAUCGUGUAGCGGAGUUCUUGGACCGAAUCUUUCCCUACCUCGAUCCGCGGCCGGUCGAGCUUCCGUGGCACCCGGGGCAGGUGGAAGGAGGAUGGGAGCAGUUACUCGUUUGCCUGCGCAAGUUGCAGGCCGCGCGGCGAGCAGGAACGCCUUCGCAGCUUAUGCACAAAGCGGACUGCAUCAUGCAACCGUAAAUCCGUUUCCUCCGUUGCUUGCUUCGGAGCCUGUACAACGCACGAUAGAUCUCAGAUCACAGACGGUGGCACUGCUCUUUCGAUGAAUCGUGCGCAUGUCCUUUUAUCACGUUCCUACUCGAUGAUCUACGCCCCUCGCUACACAACCUCGUAUCAAUUUGUUGAACACCGCUUUGUCGCUUUCGAAUCCUGGCUCACCCGCUCUCCACCAUGCCUAUGCCGCCGUCAUAGGCCUUCUUUCUGUGUCGUGUUCGUGUCUUUAUUCUGCCUGCCUGCGUACCAUUCGUCUUAUACAUCUCGC